GCAACGGUCGCUCCCGAUAAUAGUCACAAGCGCGUGACCCCCAUACCAGCACACACCCUUUGUCGACGAGAAGCGUGGGAUACUCGGCAAACAAUCGGACAGUAUCUUUGGAGCCUCGCUGGCCGGCAGCGCCAGGCCGCCGUUCCGAACGGCGCAAUGGAUCCAAUCACCGGAAUUGGAGCAGCUGCGUCCAUCGUCCAGCUCCUCGCAUUAUGUGCCAAGUCGGCAAAAGCAGCAAAGGAACUCUGGGAAUCGUACACCGAUGCCCCUGAGGAGCUCCGACAGCUUGCUGGAAAGAUGGAAUUCUUGAAGUUUUUGCUCCAGCAGAUCGAGGCGUUCGGUGGUCAUCUGGCGACUGAGAAUCUCGAUCAUUUGCUACCCGCCGUUCACCGCACCAUCAUCAUGGCGGCACUCGAGGGCCGAGCAGCCCAGCUAGAGCGGCUCCGUAGUCUACAGCGAGACCACCACACUUUCAGAUCUAGAAUGCGGUGGGCUGUAUUGGACAAGUCUAAGGCCGGGAAAGUCCUCAAGGCCGUCACCGACCUAGAGCAUGGCCUGAGUACAUGCCUCGUCAUCGUUCAGACCCGCCUUCAGACACUCAACCAAUCCUCCAUGUACCAAGUCAUGGCUGCACAGACUGCCAUGUUGCCGGCGCUGAAAGCCGCGUCACUUCAGAUCCAGUCCAGCAUCCAGAGUUCCUCUGAUGCGUAUGAUACGACGCGUGAAAAGAUUGAAGAAACUUCGGCCCUCGUGCGGAAAGAUAUUCAUGUGCUCCAAGACAGGCAACUCCAGGGUCUUGACCAAAACGCGACAACGCUCAAGGCCAUCCUCCAGACUGUUACUGAACUGAAGUCGACCACCACGACUGCCACGGAGUACAGGAAAGGGAAUAUUGACUCGGAGGGAUCCGUGCCAUACCACUAUCCACCACGACAGGGAGGUCUGGGAAAUCAUCAGUUUGACAUCGAAAGGAUAACGCAGGACAACAAUACAAACCGGGUCGUGGCUCAGCACUCAUGGACAUACCGCUGGACCGACGACUACUCCCGUUCGCCACCCGUAUCUGGUAGCGAAGGCUCACCACGAAUUCGAAGCGUCGCAGCGGCCGCUGAGUUCGAAUCAAAGGCCUACCGAAAAAAGCUGCGCGCCAGAGUCCGCGUUUGGUUUGGUCUUUUCGGCCCAAGAGUUGCCGAGUUCGAGUUUGCCGUCCAUAUUCGGUCCAAAGCUUGGUUGUCACCAACCGUGGAGGUUGCAGUGAGAUCAGUUAACAUAAGGCCCUGAACUCUGCUAUCUUUAACGCUUGUCAAGCCUUCGAUCUAAAUCGCGUCAAGGAACUAUUGGAGAGCGGUGCAGCAAGCAUUAACGACGUGGCUGACUCUGACAAUGAUCAACAAAGCAUCCUUGAUGUCAUAUGCGGUCGGACUAUCGUUAUAUUACGAUGAUACUUACCUACGGUGGCCGGUGCUUGAUGAACGCGACCCCAGCCAACUUAUUCGAUACCUCCUAGAUAUUGGUUGUGAUCCCAACUAUGGCAGCUUGUGAGUUCUCAACCAAACUUCGAGUUUGACUUGGUGGGAAAGCGGGGGCUUGCUAAAA